AUGGCAGACCCAUUAUUCGAACUCCUGGCGCCUUACAUUGAUUCCGCUGACGUAUCCUCAUGGCCGCCAACCCCAACCCCAGACACAGUGUCGUCACAGUACCUUAAAUUCCUGUCAACACUAUCGCUAUCCGCAUUAACAUCGACGGAACCCCAGUCUCUAUCCCAGACUUCUCACUCCGUCCUCGUUUCGCUCCAAGCCCUCUCCAAUCGCUCUCAUCAGUCCCUUAUCACGGCGGCUGAUAACCUCUCCUCUCUUCGUUUUUCGAUACCGCGGUUAGCUGCUGAGGCACGACGGCUCCAAGAUGAGAUUCCACAAUUGGAUGAUGAGGUCGUUCGUUUCUCCUCCGUCUACAAUAAGAAUGUAGAGAACCCGAUGUUACAUGGAAGGAAGAAGGCGAUGCUAUUGCUGAGGAAUGUGGACCGACUCUCUGAUAUCUUGGAGUUGCCUACUCUGCUUUCUACGGCUGUGUCUUCCUCGUCCGUUAAUGCUAGGGCCCCUGGAGGGCCUAGCAUGAAUUACUCCUCUGCUCUGGAUCUCUUUGCGCACAUAAAGCGACUACAGACUCUUUAUCCCGAUUCGUCAUUGGUUAAGGACAUUGCUCGGCAAGCGGAAGAGGCGAUGAAGGAGAUGACGAGUAACCUUAUAGCUGGACUUCGAGUUCAGAACAUAAGGCUUGCUGCAGCAAUAAGAACUGUGGGUUGGCUUCGCCGUGUCGCUCCGGAGCUAGAGUGUCCCAGUAAAGGAGGAACCCCUUCCAUGAACAGUGAGGGAGCCUUUGGCGCAUUGUUUCUGGUUUGUCGUCUAGCAAAUCUAAUAUCGAUGCUUGAAGCCCUUGAACCCCUGAGAGAGCUUGCAGACCAAGAAACACAGAGGAGGCUGCAAAACAAUACAAAGCAAACAGCCGAAUCUACAAACUACAAUGCCUGGUCUGAAGGCCAGCAAACCGAGCGGUUUUUGAAAAGAUACAUUGAAAUCUACCGAGAGCAAAGUUUUGCAAUAGUUGCUAUGUACAAGAAUAUAUUCACACCUACGCCACCUGAAUCUGACCUGGCUUCUGCGAGUGUGCCCGGUUUGGAUCUACGCUCCCUGAGCCUACAGACGAAUCCGACACCGAAAACGCAGAAAACUCAGGAUGAUCCCCUUCCUCGUCUACCCCCUGCAUUGGCAACCUUCCCCAUGCAUAUUGCGCAACUGCUGACCGAAACACUGAAAGCCUAUCUACCAAAUGUCAAAGACAAAAGCUCGCGAGAAUGUUUGCUUUCACAGGUUCUGUAUUGCGCCGGUAGUUUGGGUCGAUUGGGGGGGAAUUUCAGCAUGUUCUUAUCACUCCUGGGUGAAGAGGAGGACGAAGAGGAAGAAGACGAUGUUGCAAAGGGCAACGUUGUCCCUGAGUGGGAAGGUGUUAUGAGGAAGCACCGUGUAUUAGCAGAACGCCUGGAUCGGUUGACAGCGGGUGGAACAGACAACGGACUGAAGACAAUAUCUCCUUAA